UUCUCUCCCUGAGGUGAGCAGCUCCGCACUUCCGCUCCGGGAUCUGUUCCUGCUCCGACUCCUGUUCCCUCUCCGGCUCCGGUUCCUUCUCCCUGAGCACGGUCGAGAGGCGGAUCUCCGGCAGGGCGCAGCAGACAUGUCCAGUUUCGGGGGCGAUUUCAGCACGUACACCUUAAUGCAGCUCAACGAUCUGCUGGAAGAUGAGGACAAGCUCAGUAAGAUCGUGGAGGAAAUGCAGGAGGUGAGGGAGGUGCAGCAGAGCAAGCAGAUGACCCUGGCCAGUAACCGCAGCCUGGCGGAGCAGAACCUGUUGCUUCAGCCCAGGCUAGACUGCCAGAAGAAUGAGCUCAUCAAGCGCUACUGCUGCCUGCAGGAGCUCUUUGAGGCCUAUCAGCUGCGCAGAUCCACCUUAGACCAAAAGUCUGGGAUUAACUCCCUGGACACCCUCCUUGCCCUGUUGCAGGCUGAAGGAGCCAAGGUUGAGGAGGAGACGGAGAACAUGGCCGACUCCUUCCUGGAGGGCGACGUCUCCCUGGACACCUUUGUGGAUGAGUAUCAGAAGCAGAGGAAACUGGCUCACUUGCGACGUGUGAAGAUCGACAAGCUGCAGGAGAUGGUGCUGAAGGGCCCCCGGCUGCCCCGGGGCCUGCCACAGGGGCCCCUGCCGGAAGCCCAGCCCCUUGACGGUUCCCCCGCAGCGCAGUGCAGGAGGCUACCUCCCCCUGCCCCAUCCCCGGGGACUGUGCCCUCCGAUCCUGUGGCUCUGCCAUACCCGGCCACCCCCUACCCCCCAAUCCCUCCGAGGGUGGGCUUGCCACCGCCUGGGGCCCCCCCAAUCACCUGCCCUCCCUCAAUGCCCUUCAUGCCCCAAUGCCCACCAGCACUGCCCCCGAGGCCUGGCCCUCCCUUUACCCCGCAGCCCGGGUUCAUCCUCCAGUGAGAGGCCCAUCUCACGGUGACAGCUCAGCGUUUGCUCAGCGGCGCCACCAAGUGGUCAUCCAGGUGCAUCGGCUGCCACGGGAGAGUGUCCAUCCAAACUUGACAGCCUGUGGUUGUUCCACUUCGUGGUCCCACCUGGGGUGAGGCGCUUCUGCUUCAACUUUCCCAGGAUGCUCAGCCAUCCUUCUGUUUUGGGGGAAAACAGUCCCCCUCAGAUGGAUUUUAUAUACCUUAGUUUGUAAGACUUUUUACUUUGAUAAUGUUGGGAUGUAUAAUUUUCAGUUUUGCUGUUUACGCCAUAUGGGUGGAAAAAGGUAAAACGGUCAUUUUUAACCAGACUUCUCCAUUUUUAACUGGAAAACGCUGGUCUCAGGAGAGGGGCGGGCCUUGGGGGCGCUUAUGCAAAGCCGAUAUGAAAACCACACUGUGCCGAUAUCAGAAUCACGCACGUUUCAGAGAAGUUUCUGUUUACCAGGUUAGUUGCUUAAGCCUGCAGCCAAAGAUUUUUCUGAAUGGUUUUAUUACUUCACUACUUCAAUUUGAAUGUUUUUAACGUCAUACAAGCCCGAGUCGGAGGCUACAUUGUAACCUGCGGUGGGGUGAUGCGAGUUGCCCAGAGCAGCAGCUUGGUAAUUAACCUGGCAAAUGAGCAGCAUCUCUGGAAGAGCAUUUGCUUACUACGCUCAUUCCUCACCCAUCAGCCUACCUCAGGGAUGUGCCGAGUGGGGCACGGGCUGAAGAUGUGAGUACAAACGACCAGAACUUUCCGGCCGAGCGUGAUCGCACUACACCGAGGCCAGCGCAUCCUCAGUGACCAGCCCCAGUACCUUUGAUUAGCCUGCCGCUGCUCCCAGCUCUUUGGGACCGGCGCAGGUGAUCAUCCUGACCAGUAGGGGGCAGCAUAAGUGGUGCCACAGGCUGCUCAGUGUCAGCCCUAGUGGGUGACACUGCGUACCUUAUAUACAUGCACAAAGCGCUUCGACUCAGUGACGCACAGAUUCCCCCAAAGCCGCCCUUCCUGCUUGCCAGUUGCAUCACUGCAGUCACACGGCACAGUGCUGGCCCUCCAGUGAAAGGCCGAAGGGCCGCUGGGCCCAUGUGAUGCCGUCAGCUAGGUGGCUUUGCCCGUCUCUUCUCCUCUUCUCUUCUUUGGCACUAAGCCUGUCCCUAAGGCCUUUUGGCAUUUUUUCCCAUCCUUGCGUGACCCUCUGACCAGCCUAUCUGUGACCCCCUCGCUAUGCUGAGUGCAUCCCUGCGGCUGAUGGCCCCUCGUGUUUCCGUGCGUUCUGCUUCCACGUGGCCCAGAACCAUAGCUUCUUAAAUAUCAUCCCAGGAGCUGAUUACAUUUUUAUUUUUAUCUGCAGCUCCGACAAAACACUACUCUGUUCCUCGUGUGCCGCCAGGCUCCAACCCCCAAUCACGCGGUCCGGGUGCUGGCAGGCCGGCUGCCGCGUGAAGCGCUUGUGAUCCCGCAGGCCUGCCUCUGCAGUCUGACGCCGCGCCGGCAGGGAGGAGGGUCAUGGCCAUUUGAUGUUUUCUCUGCUGCGUUUGAGGCCUUGUGAACAUGAGCACUGUUGUCUCCCUCCGCCCCCCCCCACCAAGUCUUUAAUUAAACUCCUGCUCUGUUUUUGAGCCAUAGGGACAUGGGCUGGGGGGUGGCCACGGUGAGUCGGCCUUUCCAUCCACCCGUCAGGAAUCUACCCUCACCUCUGGUGCUACUGAGGCCAUGCAGUCACAGCAGGGACGUGGUCGUCCGUCUCCGGACCCCACCCUUUUCUACACACCUUUUCCGCUGAUAAUAACACUGGUCUUGUCCUUGCACAAUGCGUACUUUGACCCGACCCGAGUGGGACAGUUCCAACGAGACAGCAACCAGAACACAGAUGUAGGUAGAAAUGAAAUGUGUGUGUGAGUGUGUGUCCGUGUGCGAGAGUGAGAGAACUGAAAUGAAGCCUCAUUUCCGCAUAUUGCUAAACAACUUCACAGAAACCAGCAUGAUUAAUAUGUUGCUACGGUUACCACCCCUCAUUAGUUUUAUUGUAAUUUUACUGUGAGAAUGAGAAAGCUAGUGAUGUGAGUAUGUAGGAUCUGAACACAGUGCUCUGUAAAUUAAGGCCAUUGGUCAAAAUAUCUACCACCAAAAAAAAACAAAAAAAAAAAAAACAGUUUUCCUAUUUUAUAUUGUAAGAUGCUGGCUGGUUCUUGCCCAGUGUAACAUGUUGACUGUCACUGUAAUAGUGUGCUGUAUGAAGAAUAAUGGUUUCAGAGGACAGCAGCGACUGUCUCUAUUUUCAAAGCUAAUAAA